AUCCUUGCCUGGCAUGGGAUGUUGGGCAGUAUGGGAAUAUAACUCAGGUCCGCCUCCCUGGCAACAUGUAAGUGAUAUAAUAAUUACCUGAGUGACAACAUUUCAUUGACAUAAUGUUUACCUGGGCCAUAACAUAUACGUAACCGAAGAUUUACCUGUGUGACAACAUUUAAGUGACAGAAUAUUUACCUCAGUGACAAUAUAUUAAUGGCAUAAUAUUAACAGUAACAAUAUGUUAAUGACAGGUUAUUUAACUACGUAACUGUUGUUCGUCCCUCAACAUCGACUAGGACCAUUUAGUCAUCCCGGUUUGGGGGGGGGGGUUACGACGAGUUCUUAGGUGGCUUGCUAGUCCGAUCCGUGAUAGGAAUAAUCUCUGGCACCGCGGGCAGAAGAUAGUUGCUUCAGUCGGUGAUCUAAUGUGCUUCUACCGGGCCAGCAUGCGUGUCUAGGCUGGGGCAUGAUGUAUGUGACAGCAUAUUUUAAUGACUGAAAACUUGUAAAUGAAAUGCUCUUUACCUUUUCGAUACAUCAGAAUCACUGAGCUUUUCCAUGGGAUAAAAUUACUUAGCUUAAUCUAAGGCACAUUUUACGUCACUAUAGCACUACCCAGGGGCGUCAGUCGAUUGUGUGCAUGUCACCAGGUGUGGUUCAAACCCACAUAGUGACGCCGCUGGAUCUAAUACAUUUCAUUAUGUCACUACAAAGUUUUGUAAACGUCAAAAUGUACGAAAUUUGUUAUCAAUUAGCAAGACCCAUCCACCGCGUCAUUGUCACAAAUAAUUAUUCUCUAGGUAUAUGAGUGUGACUGUAAUUCCGCGUUCAACAGGCAAGCAAAAAGGUUCAGUGUGUUGUUAGCAUGCUAGUAAGAUCUAUGCAUUUGAGAUCUGAGACUAUAUUAUUAAAACAUUCAUUCAUCAUUCAGUCGACAUGAUCUGUCCUUUAUGUGCAUUAAUCCCACCACUAUAUAUAUAUAUAUAUAUAUAUAUAUAUAUAUGUAUAUAUAUAUCAUUCCACAUCACAGGGUAUGGCUUCCGUUAAUGUACGUGGUGUCCUCUACUGAUGAUAGUCCCCAGCGACUUGCUGACCCUGAUUACGUCAUCUUAGAAAAUACUGGGGCCAUCAACUACAGACUGACGUCAUUCACCACAACAUUUUGCAGCUUUGACCUGACCUAUUACCCCCUUGACAGCCAGACGUGCGAGAUACCUAUCAUCGUCUACGGAUGUGACGUCAACGUGUCCACCAACGCCACCAGAAUGGAAAGGUCCCCGCUCUCCAAGGAGCCCCUGGACAGAGUGCAAGGGGAAUGGACGCUGACCAAUGUAACACUGAGCGGUAACUUCUCGGCUGCGGACGUUUCGUAUUUUAAAGUCAUCGUCCGAAUCAAGAGGUCCGAGCUGUACUACAUUCUCUGCGUGCUGUUGCCGAUGGUCAUGACCUCGUUGCUGACUCUGAUGGUGUUUUGGAUUCCACCUGGCUCCGGGGAGAAGAUCUCGUACUUGGUGACCAUCUACAUGUCGUCCACACUGUACUUGAGUAUCGUUGGGUAAGUCUUGCGUCCGCUAGUGAUCGGGGGCAUGUAUUAUACUAUUUAAAAAAAAAAACUCACUUAUUUAGAGGAGAGAUUAUUAUGAUUUAAAGAAUUUGGUUUAUUUUUGUAGGAUGCGUUCUUGAGACCUUUGCUGUCACCGACGCUGUCUACCUUUAUUAUUUUAAUAAAGGUUUAUUGACUAGCUUCUCUUUAGAAAAAAAAGGUGUGAAAAGGGGAAGGGGUUAGGGGUCAAAAUCCCAUUUAUAAGGAGGCAAAUACAUACCAUAGUGUCUGUGACUCAAGGAAGUCGCCACUGAGACUUAAUGAUGUUCUGAAGGAUGUUGUAGAACUUCUUUGGUUGACCAAAGGAGGCAGCUGCUGGUUUAGUCCUUUUGUCCACGAUGUUAAGUACGAGUCAAGUCACCUAUCAGACAAGUCACCUAUCAGACAAGUCACCUAUCAGACCAGUCACCUAUCAGACCAGUCACCUAUCAGAUCAGUCACCUAUCAGACCAGUCACCUAUCAGACAAGUCACCUAUCAGACCAGUCACCUAUCAGACCAGUCACCUAUCAUACCAGUCACCUAUCAGAUCAGUCACCUAUCAGACCAGUCACCUAUCAGACCAGUCACCUAUCAGACCAGUCACCUAUCAGAUCAGUCACCUAUCAGAUCAGUCACCUAUCAGACCAGUCACCUAUCAGAUCAGUCACCUAUCAGAUCAGUCACCUAUCAGACCAGUCACCUAUCAGACCAUUCAACUAUCAGACCAGUCACCUAUCAGACCAGUCACCUAUCAGAUCAGUCACCUAUCAGAUUAGUCACCUAUCAGACCAGUCACCUAUCAGACCAGUCACCUAUCAGAUCAGUCACCUAUCAGAUCAGUCACCUAUCAGACCAUUCACCUAUCAGACCAGUCAACUAUCAGACCAGUCAACUAUCAGACCAGUCACCUAUCAGACCAGUCAACUAUCAGAUCAGUCACCUAUCAGACCAGUGACUAUCCAAGUAGGAAAUAUGGAAGCACCCUUGACAUUUCAAUGUUUUUUUCAGAAGGAUUAAGUCAGAGUAGACAUUUUGAUAUUAGAUUUACCUUGUACAUUUACACUUUUGUUGUUUAGUUUUUGCAAGUUAAUUUUUGGACAUAAUAUUAAAAAUGUCCAGUAAAAUGGGAUAUUUCACAAUGAAAAGUUGCAAAACCCAUAAAGCUUAGUGCAAAAAAUCCACAUACCAUAUGCUUAAUUCAUCUCAUAAACGAAUUCUACUAUUCAUCCGUAGGGACACUUUCCCGAGGAACAUGAACCAAGGAGAACACCUGCACCGCAUGACAUUAUUUCUGAUCUUCAUUAUCAUGGAAGGUGUUGUCGCUAUCAUUGCCACAGUAUUGGUCAUGCGCAGAUACCACGAGGAAGUUGCCACAGACGCGGCGCAUCAGAUGUGCCAAGCGAACCCACGGCACCGUGUAGAAAAAUCUGGAGACAUCCCGGAGUCAGGCAGUACAGACAACGAAAAGCAAUUAGCUAAAAAUAUAACUGAUGCUGGAGAACAAAAUGGCAUUUUAUCAGGGGUUUCUGAAAGUAUUGUGUAUCGAGCCCCCAUUUCGUCACGCUCGGUGACUUUCAAACAAAUCUAUGGGAUGAAAUUGUCAGCCGCUUUGCUAGACAGAAUAUUUUUCUUCAUAUUCCUUGCAGUUUGUGCACCCUUUUAUGCCCUUGUCUUUAUCAUCUAGCUAGAACACUGCUUCCCUGUGGUUUUCUCGUAGCUGCUGCUCACUCACACUUCCUAAAAAAAAACCUGAAAUCUGCCCUUGCACCAAGUGCCGGAUGAAAACCUGCUGAGGCCCCUUUAAAGCAGUCGAAACGUUUCCUCUCCAGAGUGGCGUAACUAUCAGUGUGAAGGGAACACAGCCCCGGGUGGCACUUUGGGGUCUACAUAAAGUCCUAACAUUAUUUAACAAUAUAUAAACUAUGUACUCUAUGCACUAUGUGUUAAAGAGACCACUUCUGCUGAUUUGCUUCGAGCACCAUUCUCUUACGACACUGCACUCUUUACCCCACGUCUAACGCCAGUUAAGUUUUCUUUUAUCAAUUAUUUUAAGCAGCGUGUGAAAAUCUUUCGCUUGAACUAAAAUACACUAGAAAUCGCCCGCAAAGCCCCUUAUCUUCUAUAAAUGGUGAGGCAUUUUCAGUUAUGUCAGUAGAAAGUUCUAAGUCAAGGUGUGGCAUCAUUUCAAAAUAAAUAAAUGUAUUGUCAGGUUGAUCGAAUGCGUAUUAGUGUGCUGAUAAUACCAAGCCGUCAAGUCAUUUUCAGGUGUUCCGGUUGACAUGUCGAAGAAUAAUGAACCUCUAUUUUAAAGACUUAACAACAUUUGACGCCAGUUUAGUUAAUAAUAGUAUGCUUUAUAAAUUGUUGGGGAACGUUUAGAAUAAAGUUUAUUUUUUUUUAAAUAG